UUGAACAAAUAGACACGCAUGUACUACAUGUCAUUUUUCCUACGUGGUUUGUGCCACGUGGAACUCAUGUGUUUAUUUAUUUUUAAAGUUGGAUAAUUAAAGUGUCUGUUUGUGCAUUAUGAAAGUUGAAAGUCAAAGUUAAAAUUUGAAGUCAAAUUUAGGGUCUAAUAUAUAUAUUAUGUCAUAUAUAUAUAUACAUGCCCAGCCCUUUAUAUCUUUCAAGUCAGGUAAGAGUAGUGCAGAAAAUGGAAGAAAAAUCCAACAAAUCUCAUAUUUUAGUCCUCCCAAUCCCAGUACAAGGCCACAUAAACCCAAUGGUUCAAUUUUCCAAAAGAUUGGCAUCAAAAGGAGUUAAUAAAGUGACUGUAGUCACAAUUUACUCUAUUAGCAAAAACAUGCCAAAAGAGUCUGGUUUAAUCAAUAUUGAGUCCAUUCCUCAUGAUGACAAGUCUCCACCACAAAACAUUGACCCAAUGCUUGAAUGGUUUCAUCUUUUGGUAUCAAAAAAUUUGAGAAAAAUUGUUGAGAAAUUAUCUGAUUCUGUGUACCCUGUGAAAGUUCUUGUUUUCGAUUCGGUGGCAACUUGGGCUAUUGAUCUUGCACAUAAGUUAGGACUAAAAGGGGCUGCUUUUUUCACACAACCUUGUUGUCUUAGUGCCAUUUACUAUCAUAUGGAUCCAGAGACAACCAAAGUUUCUUUUGAUGGCUCUGAUGUAUCUUUGCCUUCACUUCCAUUGCUUACAAAGGAAGAUUUGCCUUCUAUCAUCUAUGAUACUGAUUUGUAUCCAACUCUUAGAGGACUUGUCUUUAGUCAGAACAUCAAUUUCAAGAAAGCAGAUUGGCUUUUCUUCAACACAUUUGAUGCAUUGGAAAAAGAGAUAGUCGAGUGGAUAAGGCCUCGAUACCCAAUCAAGACUGUCGGACCAACUAUUCCAUCGAUGUAUCUUGACAAGAGACUAAUGGAAGACAAAGAAUAUGGUUUGAGUCUCUUCAAGCCAAAUAGUGAAAUUUGUAUGAAGUGGCUAGAUUCAAAGGAAAUUGACUCUGUUGUAUAUGUAUCAUUUGGAAGUUUAGCCAGCCUUGAUGAACAACAAAUGGAGGAGCUAGCUUUCGGAUUGAUACUGACAAAAUGUUACUUCUUGUGGGUUGUUAGAGCUACAGAAGAGAAUAAACUCCCUGAGGAAUUCAUGUCCAAGUUAUUCGAAAAAGGACUAAUGGUGAAUUGGUGCCCUCAGCUCGAUGUAUUGGCUCAUCGAUCAGUUGGUUGUUUCUUUACUCAUUCUGGAUGGAAUUCAACCCUCGAGGCAUUGAGUUUGGGAGUGCCAAUGGUCACCAUGCCUCAAUGGUCGGAUCAACCAACUAACGCGAAAUUCAUUAGUGAUGUAUGGCAAACAGGAGUUCGCGUUAAGGUUGGAGAAAAUGGUGUAGUUAAUAGAGAUGAAAUCGCGAGUUCCAUAAGGGAAGUCAUGGAGGAAGAGAAAGGUACAAUGCUUAAAGAGAACGCAAUGAAAUGGAAAAAUUUAGCUAAAGAAGCAGUAGAUGAAGGAGGGAGCUCUGAUAAAAAUAUUGAAGAAUUUCUUUCAAACUUGUAAUGCACUAAAUUGAGUAACAUAUUCAUAAAACAUUUGCUUUACCAAUGCCUCAAAAUUUUGAAUUUAAUUAUUGUUUCAUAAUGUAUGGCGAUAAAAGGUAUGGACUUGUUAUUCAGAAUAUUGAUGUGACAUUUUAUUUAAA